UUCCAGCUCUAGCUCUUGCAAGUAGCGACAAUUUUUGCAUAUAAUACAAUUAAAUAAUAAAGGGCGACCGCCGAGGCUGCGAAACUUUGUUUUUAUACUGCUGCAAUUGCUGAAGAAUCUAGUUUAGGUGCCACCCAAGAAAACCAAAAAGUGAUAACGCAAAAACUACAAAAAGAGCUCCCAAAAAAAGCAGCGACGGCACAAAAGUGAAAGCCCCCAGAAAAAGUACAAAAGAGCGAAAGAGCAAAAGCAAGAGCGAGAGCGAGAGAACGGUGAAAAGAGUCUGGGCGAGAGAAAAACGAUUUUUUCAGAGAACACCGCGAUUUUUGGUCAUAUUUUUUGUGCAAUUGCAAGACCUGGUAGUACGAGGAGCCGAGGAGGAACAGGACCGGAACCAGAACCAGAAAGCCAUCAAGAUUCUCGGGCACUACUACACCGGGAUCCAGAUCCAGAGCCAAAGCCACGGCCACCAGAACGCAGAAGCCACCGCUACCUACAGCACCAACAGCACUCCACUAGCCGCCACCACGCUCCACAAACAGCCAGCAGCCAUUAUGUUCGUCAACUCGAUGACGUUCCGCGGCAAUCCGGCGAACUACCACCAGCAGCAGCCGGCCCUUAACCACCACACGCUGGCCGCGGCGCACCACCAGCAGCAGCUGCAUCACCACGCCGCCGCCGCCGGUCACCUCGGCCACGUCGGCGGCGGCCAUGCGGCCAGCAAUCAUCUGGCGGCCGCUGCUGUCCUUGGCCGACAUGGCCACAACUCCCUGGGCAGCGGGCACACGUCCAGCUCGUCGCACUCCACCAAUGUGGGUGUGGGCGUGGGUGGCGGUGCAUUGGCCAGCGGCUCCACUGGCGGCGGUAGCGGUGGCAACAGCUCCCCGGACAGCGGCAAGAUCUAUAUCAAGAACCUGGAGCGGUCUAUCGACAACAAGGCGGUGUACGACACGUUUUCCGUGUUCGGGAAUAUCCUAAACUGCAAUGUGGCCAAGGACGAGGAUGGAAACUCGCGCGGCUACGGUUUUGUGCAUUUCGACUCGGAGGAUGCCGCCCGGGCGGCCAUCGAGAAGGUGAACGGGAUGCUGUGCAAUAACCAGAAGGUGCACGUGGUCAAGUUCAUACCACGGCGGGACCGGGAGCAGGAGAAGGCCACGCACUUCAAGAACCUGUACGUGAAGAACCUCAGCGAGGAGUUCACCGAGCAGCACUUGCGUGAAAUGUUCGAGCCCUACGGCCGCAUCACCAGUCACAAGCUCAUGCUGGACGAGGAGGGGCGCUCCCGUCGCUUCGGUUUCGUGGCUUUCGAGAAUCCACAGUCGGCGCUGGCCGCCGUGAUUGGCCUGCAUGGCAAGCAGCUGGGCGACAACAAGUUCUUGUACGUGGCAAGAGCCCUGAGCAAGGCCGAGCGGCAGCAAGAGAUCAAUCGAAAGCUGGAAGAGCGCAAGCGCCAGAAGGCCGGCCAGAUAUUCUACUACUAAGAAGGCGACAACGGCAGCUGAUCCAAGGACAUCGCUAGGAGUUGACUCAGAACCCACACACAUACAAUAUACACCCAUAUAUAAACCUAUAUAGAUAUUUACAAGAAAUUGUAUCGAGCAGCUGAGCGAACAUUCAGGCAGCAGGCAGGCAGGAUGCAACUCCUGCACAUUUACAUUUAGAAGUAGGCAAAAAGUGUUGCAACACAGUUGAAAUUUGUAGAAACACACACAGGAACAUAAACAGAAGGAGUAACAGUACACGAACUCUCAAUCGAAAGGAUUCUCUAGGCAUUAGGACAAAAGUUUCUUAGUACUCACUAGCGUUUUUUUGGACUUAGAUGUUUGUCUUUACUGUUGAAUUUAGUGAGCAGAGGCUUCGCUGUCAGCUUCUCGCCUAAAGAACACAUUGCGUACACGUAUUUCGAAUUGUAUUUACCCACACCAGGCCCACGUUCACACUGGCCCUUUGGCAUUAAGUCUAGAUCGCGCGAUCGCAACUAGAGCUACGCCCAGCCGAGUCCUGGGCAAAAUAUGAAUAUUUACACAUACCUAUUAUAUAUUAAAACAAAACUAAAGCAACAAAAAAAAAAAAAAAAAAAAAAAAAAUGGAAAAAUGAAAAAAUACAAUUGAUGUAACCCCUAUUAACAAUUGAAGCACUCACUCUACGUAUAUACAUAAACAUAUAUAUUUAACGUAAAACCCAUUACACGCUGUAGUUAAAAAGCGUUUAUAAUACUCACACACUCUACGCUAUAACUAAUACUUUUGACGAGGAAAUCAAGUGCAACCAUUGCGAAAGCGAACCCUACACGUAAUUUAUAUAGUAGACGCAAAUGCGGAGGAAAGAAUAAAUCGAAGCUGAACAGAAAAAUAAUUAGCAGGAAGGCCCAGAGCCGCUCCUGCGGACAGUACAUGAGUAUUAAAAUUUUAGCAAUUACAAGACAUUUUUGUAAUUAAUUGUACAUUGUUUCAAGUAGCAAAAACGAAAGUGAAACCACAAAACAGGACCGCAAAGACAGCCGUAAUGUAACGACAAAACAAAAAAAGGAAUAACUAAUUGAAUAUAACCAAUCCAAGGAGUGUACACAAUGCAAUGUUUAAAAUCUUUUAGAAUAUUAUUACGGAUACAAGGCACGAAAUAAAACCCCAAAAAAGAAAAACACUUUAAAGGCAGGCGUGUAUACAAGUUCGGCCCAUGGCAAAUUAAACCGAAAGGAAAGCAAAUACAUACAUAAUUUAAGAUUAUUGAGCUUAAUUUUUAAAAUGUUUCCAAGAACAGAAAACGAAAGUAAAGAGAAAAACAAAAAUAUUAAGAAAACCAAACAAUGCUAAACUCACUCAAAAUUUGUAAGAUUCAAGUUUUGCGUCUAGACAUACACACAAUGUAUAGUUAAAACAGUACCACAAAAGAACAAAAAAUGAAAUUACAUAAAAAUAGUUAUAAAUGAUGGCAAUAUUUAGGAUGGCAUAAUUAAUGUAACCCUCAUUUGACAAUAUUUAUUUUCCAUUACAUUUCAUUUUGAGCUUAGGUUGCUCGCUCCCUUCGAUCCAAUGUUUUUGACUUAGGGAGCGAACGAUAUUACGAUUCUAGUUUUCAGGACAAAAGUAGGAUUAGGCCUCCACACUCUAACUCACACAGAACAUAUGCAAUAUGAAUUUACAAGACAAACAAAAGAAAAUUAUGCAAUUGAAUAAUAUUUACACAAAUGUACAAAACAAAAAAGAAAGAAAAUGAAAUUUAUUUUCCUUUGCCAAGCAAAUGCGACAUACUUCUUAUUAUUAUUAGAAAUUAUAAUUGUAAUUGAAACUUAAUUUUUUUGGUAAUUGCUUUUGCAGAAUUUACCUAAAAACAAAAUAAACAACAAACAAAAAGAAAAAGAAAAAACCCAAAGGAGAACCCUUUUAUAGUGCUAAAUUUUUAGAGAGUACAAGAAAUGUUAAUUCAGUCUUACAAAAUUAAUUGAUAAACUACACAAAACGAAUUCCAUUUCGAAACCGCAACACCACACAAAUUAACUCAAUUUUGCACAUUUGCUAAAUGAGACAUUACAACACCUGCAUUCGAUUCUACUCACGAGAACCUAGUUUUUAUUUAAAUUUUUUGCUUGGACUGGGGUGUGUGUGCCCCCUCGAAAGUCCCAUUUUAAUGACUAGCGAACCCCACACAAGAAGCACAGAUAAUACUGACACAGAUGGCGUAUAAUAUAUGCAUUAUAUAUGUAAUUCCAUUGAAACGAAAAUCCUAAUUAUAACAUAUUACAAAUACCUACUUAUUAACAAACCUAAAAAAAAAACAAGCGAAAAUGAACAAGAAAAGGAAAACAUUUAAUGAUGAAAAUCAAGAUGCAGUGAGCAGAGACAUGUGAAACUUGAAUAAAAAUGCUUUUGCAAAAAGUGUUUGAAA